AUGCAUUUCAGAACACAUGCUUUGAUUUUGGUGAACAUUCUUUUAGUAAUUUUUAGUGCAAAUGGAUUUAAUGAGGAAAAAUUCAAAACAGAGUUUGGAAACACUUCCUCUGUAUAUGUCACAAAUAAUGAAGAUAUUUAUGAAGAGGCAAGAAUAAAGCAUAAAGAUGACUACACUCUAUCAAUUCUCAUGGGAGCUCUCAUGGUGAAGUCCAUCAUCUUUCCCCUGGCAGUCAAGGCUAUGGCAGUUAUGUCCAGUGUUGCAGUACUUUUGAGUACCAUGAGUCUCAUAGUUUCUUCGAUAGUGGGAUAUACCAAAUUGGCGUGGAGCAGCACACAUCCAAUUCUGAAAGUGUUUCAUGUAGAUAAUGUGGCUUGGGCCAAAAAUGAUAGGCCAAUAAAAUUUGAUGAAGUUUAUGAAAACAAUCCAGAUUUCAUCGAUUACUCAGGAGGAGGUAUUCCCCAACCGGAGCAUCAUAUCCAUUAUUACCAAAAGUGAAUUCAUCAGGAAAAUAAUGAUUUUGUAUCGUGGCAUAACAUAAAACAUUAACACAACUGUUAUCACAAAAUUCACGUUAGGUCAGAUAUUCUCCAUAAUGGAGUCAAAUCAUCUAUCUCCUUUUCUUUCAGAGUACAUAAUUCGUUGUACCAGAAUACAUUCGAAAUUUCUUCCCAAACUUUUGCUGAAACUGGUGUAUUUUUGUUGUUUGAGUUGGUUCAGGUGUACCGUCUGUGACGUCUCCUGAAAUUUCAGUUCCAUGUGUCAUUAUAAUACUUUUGAUAUGACAAGUGACAGUGACAGGCCCUCUUAGCGCCCAUUAAAAUAGUUGGUGCUGAUUAAAUACAUCGACUAUUAUCCAUGUAACACAACAUAACGUCUUUGUUGAAAUUCAACCUUUUCUACAUGUUGUUUUGUCAACAUGAAUGAUCAAAAAUUAUAAUUUACUCUCCAAAUUGUGGAUAAUGAUCCCCUUUCGUAGAACUGAUAAUUCCUUGAUCAUUGAUUCAGGAAGAUUUAUCAAUUUCUAUUC